AUGGAGGCCGGCAGGGGCGAGACUCGCCGCCGACGCCCUUCUCCGGCGGAAAUGGCCCAACAUCAAGGAGUUCCUAAAUUUGGGAACUGGGAGGACGAAGGCCAAGGCUACACGCAGUACUUCGAAAACGCCCGCAUGGGCAAAUCUCCGGGGAGGCCUGUCAACCAAAACGAUCGCAAUGAAGGCGCUGCACAGGCACCCUCGAACGACCCGCCGUCGGUCAAGGCCUCCCCCUUGAGGCCGGGGUCCGAGCCGGGGCUGCGGAAGAACAGGGACGAAAGGCGUGCCACCCGAGAAGACGACCUCCGUCGCCACGAGGCCGCUGCCCGGAAAACGCAUGCCGAGUCACCUAACCACAGAUAUGGUGACCAGACCAACUACGACGGCGCUGCAAGGAAAGCAAGCAAUGAGAGGUCACCCAUCCAUCCUCGGCAGCAGGCAAGGCUUGCAAACAAAGGUGGGGUUUCAUCUCCUAUUGCGGAUCGUAGGGGUUCUGCUCCCACCACACCUGGAAGGUCCAAGAUGAGGCCAACCGGGCGCGGCGAUGAAACGCCCGAGAGAGGAUCAGCUGUGCCAAAGUUUGGAGACUGGGAUGAGAAAGAUCCUUCGACUGGUGAAGGUUUCACUGACAUAUUUGAGAAGGUGAGGGAGGAGAAGCAGUCCGGUGCGGAUACUGUCGGCACCAGCCAUGCAUACAAGGACCGCUACAACCAAGGGGACAGAUAUGAAUCUUCGGCUGCUCAUGCUUCAGCUGGUUCAAGAAGUGACACCCACCCUGUCUGUAACAUACCUGUGGCGAUUGUAUCUUUGUGA